AUGGACGAUCCCGGGCUUCACUCCAGACUUGCGGCUCUGGAUUCAGAGUUGGAGGAGGGUGAUAUUACGGAAAAAGGCUAUCAGAAGCGUCGCACUCUUUUAUUCUCUCAAUACAAUGUAGGCCUGGACAUGUCGGAUGUGGGCCCCUCCAACCAGCAGGUCUAUCAUAUUAGGAAUGAUCCGGCGCCACAAUUCAAUAGACGGGAUUCCGGGAGAGGGGACUCUGCCCACUCGCCUAGGCCAUUUUCUACAAAUUUGGAGUCCGGGGCGAUGACAUCGGCGACGGUUACCCAGCACGGAGGUAUAGGUAUGAGUCGUGAAACUACGAUGGUUGGGUCGACACAAGAGUACGGUGGAAUUGACGCGGUUGGAGGCGGCGCCAGGACAAACUAUGGUCCGGGCCAACUCCAUGUGCGCAACGGUUCCAUGAGCCAACAAUCAUUGAAUCCCCGAGAUUCGAUAGCCACAUCCAUGCAUGUUAGGAACCCUAGCGCUACUUCCGGCGCUGCGUCUAUACCUUCGCCCGCCACUUACCAACAACCCCAGUGCGACUACAAUCGCCAACAUCCUCACAUUUCAGGCCCUAUAGAAUAUCCCGUGAACCCCGGAUACGGGGGCCCAUCAUCCCCUGCGCGGGAAUCCCGGGAGAACACGCUGGGAGGGUAUUUUUCAGAUUUCACCGCUGCGGGCUACGACCACAACAACAUGAUGCAUCGGUAUUCGGGGGAGCAGGGAAUUCCCUUCUCACCAUCUGUGGCUGUUCCUCCACCAAUGCUCAGCUCAAAUGAUUUGCCACCUCCUGGUGCUGUGAACCAUAUGCUGCCGUUGGACCCUCGGGAUGUGCCAUUUGCAGUUUACGACCCUCAUAAUUCCGAUACUCCUAUGUCCAAGUUUGAUAAUCUUGCUUCAGUAUUACGGCAUCGAGCCGGGUCCGUUCCGAAACAGUCUGCAUAUAUAGUUCUGGAUUCCAGGGGCAAGGAAAUGGCAGCCUGCUCCUGGGAAAAGCUCGCAUCUCGUGCUGAGAAGGUUGCGCAAGUUAUUCGAGACAAGUCGAAUCUUUAUCGUGGAGAUAGGGUUGCGCUUGUGUACCGAGAUGUAGAAGUUAUUGAAUUCGCUGUGGCAUUGUUUGGAUGCUUUAUUGCCGGAGUAGUAGCGGUACCUAUAAAUAAUCUCGAGGACUAUCAAAGGCUCAAUUACGUCUUAACAACUACUCAGUCGCAUUUGGCUCUAACCACCGACAACAACCUGAAAGUAUUUCAACGAGACCUUACAACACAGAAGCUUUCAUGGCCUCGGGGGGUAGAGUGGUGGAAAACUAAUGAAUUCGGAUCGUGGCGUCCAGGAAAGAAUCAGGAAGUACCUGCGCUUUCUGUACCAGAUUUGGCAUAUAUAGAUUUUGCUAGAUCUCCCGAAGGAGAACUACGGGGUGUGGUCAUGAGUCACCGGACGAUUAUGCACCAGAUGGCCUGUUUAAGUGCUAUUAUAUCCACGGUCCCCUAUGAUGAUAGCAAUGAUACCUUUAAUCCCGGAUUACGGGAUAGGUCGGGCCGCCCGGUGUCGGGGAGACCGACUGGUGACACUCUGGUCAGUUAUUUGGAUCCAAGGCAGGGGAUAGGCAUGAUAUUUGGGGCACUACUGGCUGUAUAUGGGGGACAAACGACCGUGUGGCUCUCACAGGCCACUGCAACGACGCCUGGUCUUUACGCAAAUAUUAUCACAAGAUACAAGGCAACAUUGUGCUUGGCAGAUUAUCCGGCACUCAAACUAGUAGCUUAUAAUUAUCAGAAGGAACCCCUGGUGACUAGGAACUUUCAGAAGAGGCUCACCGUGGAUUUUUCCACUGUUAGGUUCAUGUUGAUCGAUGCGUUGACCGUCGACCCGGCGUUCCACGAGAUUCUUGCUGACCGCUGGCUCAGACCUUUGGGGAAUACAAGGGCGAGGGAUGCUGUGGCACCCAUGCUGUGUCUUCCUGAACAUGGUGGUAUGGUGAUCAGCAUGAGGGACUGGCUCGGUGGUGAGGAACGGAUGGGGUGUCCUUUGCACCAACCGGAGGAGCGCGAGGAUAGUGAGCUAGAGGAGCCGGAGGAUGUUACGAGCCCGAGGGUAGGGGUUGGAGUCAACGGGUACUCGUCAUUGCUGAGUGGUGGUAUAACAAAGAAGGUAGGCAAAAAGGUGACCGAGCUCACCGAGGUUCUGCUGGACAAGGAAGCUUUGAAGACCAAUGAUGUUGUGGUCUUAGCCAUUGGGGAGGAGGCCCAAAAGAAAGCGGGAGAUCCGGGUGUAGUGAGGGUCGGAGCGUUUGGAUAUCCUAUACCGGACGCUACGCUUGCCGUCGUGGAUCCUGAGACUUUGCUACUUUGUGCUCCGAAUGUCAUAGGAGAGAUAUGGGUUGAUUCGCCGUCGCUAUCCGGGGGUUUCUGGGCACUCACCAAGCAGACUGAGAACAUAUUCCAUGCCCGACCUUACAGGUUCGAAGAGGGUAAUCCACAUCCGGUUGGCCUCGAGCUUGAGUUCCUGAGAACGGGCUUGUUGGGGUGUGUGAUCGAGGGAAAGAUAUUCGUUUUGGGUCUCUACGAGGAUCGAUUGCGUCAGAAAGUAGAGUGGGUAGAGGAAGGAGCAGAAGGAAGGGAGGAAUUUAGGUACUUCUUCGUUCAGCAUUUGGUUGUUAGUAUCAUGAACAAUAUUCCAAAGAUAUACGAUUGGUUCGUUUCCGCUUUCGCUUUCGGGGGAAACCUCCUUUUUCGCGCCAUUUGUGGGCUGACCCUAUUUCUCAAGCUCGGCAUUUGAUGUCUAUGUCAAUGAGGAACAUCUGCCAAUUAUACUUCUGGAAUCACAGGCCGCUUCGACUGCACCGACAAGCGCGGGGGGCGUUGCACGACAGCUCGAUAUUGCACUUCUUGACCAACUUUCAGAGAGAUGUAUGGACGUGCUCUUAGAUGAACAUCACCUUCGGGUUUACUGCGUUAUGAUUACAGCGCCAAACACGCUUCCUCGAGUUCUCAAGAAUGGCCGAAAAGAAAUUGGAAAUAUGCUUUGCCGUAAUGAAUUCCAUUCUGGUACUCUGCCUUGCGUUCAUGUGAAGUUUGGGGUUCAUAGAGCGGUUCUCAAUCUACCUAUUGGCAUAGACCCUGUUGGAGGCAUAUGGAGUCAACUUGCUACUCAGUCUCGACAGGAAAUUUUGCUUAUGCAAGAGAAACAAUAUUCUGGUGUGGAUUAUCGGGAGGUUGUUAUCGAUGAUAGGACCUCAACGCCGCUGAACAACUUUUCCUCAAUUGUGGAUCUACUGCAAUGGCGUGUUGCCCGACAGGCCGAAGAGCUUUCCUAUUGCACUAUUGAUGCUAGGUGCAGAGAGGGUAAGAAUGUUACUUGGAAGAAGCUGGACACCAAGAUUGCUGCCAUAGCUGCUCAAAUCAAGAACAAGUGGAAGGUUAAGGCUGGCGAUCACGUGGUCUUGAUGUAUACACAUUCGGAGGAUUUUGUGUUUGCUGUACAUGCCUGCUUUUGUCUGGGAGUUGUCGCUGUUCCCCUGGCGCCCCUGGAUCAGAAUCGAUUGAGUGAGGAUAUUCCGGCACUUCUUCACAUGAUUGCGGAUUUUAGUGUCAAAGCGAUUCUGGUAAAUACGGAAGUCGAUCAUUUAUUGAAGGGGAAACCACUAUCGACGCAUUUGAAGCAAAGCGCCGCAGUGUUGGACAUCCAUAUGCCUCCGAUUCACAACACGGCAAAACCUCCGAAGACUAAUAGUGGUUGCAGGGAGUUGGGGUUAACUAUGAAGGCGGAUUGGGUUCAACCUGGAUUUGUUGCACUGGUAUGGACCUAUUGGACCCCGGACCAAAGAAGGAUCGCAGUUGGCCUUGGACAUGAUACCAUCAUGGGGAUGUGCAAAGUCAUGAAAGAGACUUGCCAAAUGACUUCCAGUCGACCGGUGGUGGGGUGUGUCAGGAGUACUAGUGGCGUGGGGUUCGUGGUCUCCCUGUUAAUGGGAGUAUUUGUCGGUAUGUUUUCUGCCGCCGGCUUGUUGCCCUUAAUCAGAAGCAUUAUUCUAAGAGGAUUUGUUUUUUGAAACAGGUGCUCCGACAUACUUGGUAUCUCCGGUGGAUUUUGCACAGAACCCACUAAGCUUAUUCUUGACAUUAUCGAGAUAUAAGAUCAAGGAUACGUAUGCUACACCACAAAUGUUAGACCAUGCGAUAUCGACCAUGCCUGCCAAAGGAUUCACAAUGCUUGAGUUAAAAAACAUGAUGAUUACCUGCGAGGGGCGCCCAAGGCCUGAUAUUUGUAAGUGAAACCCCGGAGCAUCGGUCGUGCAUAACGGGAACUGACGUCCCACUAGUCCAGAGGGUCCGGCUGCAUUUUGCUACGGCGGGGUUAGAUAGGACGGCUAUCAACACUAUCUAUAGCCACGUUCUGAAUCCUAUGAUCGCUUCUCGCUCCUAUACGAAUACAGAGCCGAUAGAAUUGUGGCUUGACACGAAGGCACUCCGACGUGGUUUGGUGUACCCCGUUGAUCUGGAAACCCACCAAAAUGCUCUUCUUGUCCAGGAUUCGGGCAUGGUUCCUGUGUCAACUCAGGUGGCGGUUGUGAAUCCAGAAACAUGCAUGCUUUGUAGGACGGGAGAGUACGGCGAGAUCUGGGUGGAGUCGGAGGCUUGCGUCAAAUCGUUCUAUGGUUCGAAAGACACUUUUGACGCGGAUCGCUUCAAUGGCAAGACAAUGGAUGGAGAUCUGCGGAUAACCUAUGUUAGGACCGGCGAUCUCGGGUUUCUGCACACCGUUUCAAGGCCAAUAGGCCCGGGAGGGGCCCAAGUGGAGAUGCAGGUCUUGUUUGUGCUUGGUAGCAUUGGUGAAACAUUUGAAGUCAAUGGGUUAAGUCACUUCCCUAUGGAUAUUGAAGAUUCUGUGGAACGGUGCCAUCGAAACAUUGUUUCCGGGGGAAGGUAAGGGUUCUCAACGAUGCCCUAUUGCUUCAAAGAUGAAACGUGUCUGACACCUAGCAGUGCGGUAUUCCAAGCUGGUGGAUUGGUCGUAGUCUUGGUUGAAGUUCGGGUCAAGUCGUAUCUGGCAUCGAUGGUACCAGUAAUCGUCAAUGCCAUCCUGAAUGAGCAUCAACUUGUUGUUGAUAUCGUUGCCUUUGUGGGCAAAGGUGAUUUCCCAAGAUCUCGUCUGGGCGAGAAACAGCGAGGGAAGAUCCUUGCUUCAUGGGUUACGCGGAAAAUGUAUUUACCCCCCUUAUAUCCCCCCAACUGGCAUAGCAUUGCUGGGGCCUCGACUAAGCUUACUCUUCCGCACAGGCGAACAAUAGCGCAAUUCGGUAUCCGUGACACCGACCGGAACGAGAACCACGAAACGGGCCAACCUCCAACGAUUGUAGAAACAGCCCACUCGAUGACUGGCGGCGGCGACGAGAAGUACGGCGUCGAUUCACCCAUUGAGCUUGCCGACAACCAACUCAACAACCGCUCCUUGGUCGAGCUCCCAGCCUUCUACGCGGGAUCCCCGAUAGGUGAAAUACUCAUGGAAGGCAGCGAAAGCACAAAUUACCACCACUCGAUAACAAGCUCUACUCCCAUGAUACCCACAAUCUCGCCGCCACCGCCAAAGAGCCCCAAACGGCAGCCUAUCCCUUACCAGCAGAAUUUUUAUAUUGUCCACCCUUCCGUUGCUGAUGGAGGAGGGGGCGUAGAUUCGGUGGCGGCGCCGGAGACCCAAUCCCCUGUCGGCCACCGAGAGGGAAAGUAG